AUGAUUUUACUGAGUUCUUUCAAGCUAAUCAUAUCCCAUUUCAAUGUAUCAAUUAGUAUCUCAGAUCCAUUUCAAUACUAUUCUUCAAUUAGAAUAAUGAUGAUCAUAGUGUUCAAUAUGUCAAUGAAACAAUUAACAUUGGCAAUAUUGAAACCAGAUGUUCAACGUUUUAUAAAUUAUCGUAAAUAUGUUGAAUCUGUGAUGUCCGAUGCACAAUUACAAAUUAUUCAUAAUGAAGAGGUUUUUAUGACGCGCGAUCGUGCUCAAGUAUUUUACGCUGAACACAAAGGUAAAUUUUUCUAUGAUCGACUUGUUAAUCAUAUGAUUUGCGGACCACUUGGAGUGUAUAUUCUUGCUGGUAAUGAUGCAAUAUCUGUUUGGCGUUCAUUGCUCGGUCCCACUAAAGUUUAUCGGACAGUUGUAUUUGAACCAAAUAGUUUACGUGGUCGUUUUGGAUUGACAGAUACCAGAAAUGGUUUUCAUGGAUCAGAUUCACAAGAAAAUGCGUUCAAAGAAAUUAAAUUCUUCUUUCCUAAUUUCAAUUGUGAAAGUAUCCUUUCUGAUUUAUGAAAUAACUUUUUUGUAUAUUUACUUAGGAAUAUAUAAGUUCUUUAUUCUACUUUAUUUAUUCUGAAAAUGAAUUAAAGUUCUUCAAAACUACCUACAGUCUAGUUAUUUAAUGUCGGUGUAUCAACAAGUAAAUGCUGUAAAUAGUACAACUGACAAUAUGAUUUAUAUUCACAUAGUUUUUAUGUCACUCGUUUAUUGUAAUUUGUUGUCAAUAUUAACCAGCUGAGAUUUUGUAUUUCAAAAUUUUUCUCUGUGACUUAUGUAAGUAGGUUUGUUAACAUAGGAUAUCAGAUAAUUAGCAAUCUGAAUCUUAACAUUCGUUUUCUAACUGAAAUGCAUCGAGUCUAGUUUGUGUGCGCUGAAAAUAGUUUGUAGGAAUAAAGAGCUCAUUGAGUACACCUGCAUAUGUCUCUAAGCAUUGUUUAUGAUAACCUUGCAAAUCCAAACCAGGUAGUUUGGACCUACCAGCACAUUUAAUUACACUAGUCAACGACUUCAUAGAUGGGUGUUACUGCCAAAACUACACUGAUGACCUUUAAAUGACUAGGAGCGAUCAAUCAGAAUGAAGCUGGCGAUUGUUUUAUUGAAAAGUGAGCAUCAGAAUUUACUCACCGAUAACCUAAACGGAAACCUACGUCUUUCACUAAAUAAUGUCAUGAAUAUUGAUCACACACAAGACCUUGAAUUAUUCAGAAACAACUGUAGGUAGUAAAUGAAUUAAAAGUAUUGUGUUCAGAAACGAGGCUGCUUCAUGGUACAUUAUUUUUUGGCCAAAAGAGUGAAAUAAAGAAGGUACUUUUUUCCAAGAUUAAGGAUAUAAGUCGUCCGCACAACAUUCACUUUCAUUGUUGGUGUUAGGGUUGAAAUGUUAGACCCAGUU